CCUUGAAACCAAUUUGAUAUAUUCUCACUUAAAACAUUAAUCACAACAUUUGACUCUCUCUCCUCUCUCUAGAACCCAAGAAAAACAAACCAGCGGUCAGUGCCCAAGAACAAAAAGAGUCUACAGCAACAUUACACACACCUUUCAUUCAUACCCACCAAAACCAAGAUCUGGGCUGCAAGAAAAAUGGGCCAAAAGUCACUGAUCUAUGCAUUUGUAGCAAGAGGGAGUGUCAUAUUAGCAGAGUACACAGAGUUUAGUGGCAACUUCAAUUCUAUUGCUUUUCAGUGUCUGCAGAAGCUGCCUUCUUCAAACAACAAGUUUACUUACAAUUGUGAUGGGCAUACGUUCAAUUAUCUUGUUGAUAAUGGCUUCACUUAUUGUGUGGUUGCCGACGAAUCAGCCGGUAGACAAAUUCCGAUUGCGUUUCUAGAACGCGUUAAAGAUGAUUUUGUGUCUAGAUAUGGUGGUGGAAAGGGUGCUACGGCUCCUGCUAACAGCCUUAACAAAGAAUAUGGAACAAAGUUGAAGGAGCAUAUGCAAUACUGUAUUGACCAUCCGGAGGAGAUCAGCAAACUGGCUAAGGUGAAGGCCCAGGUUUCAGAAGUCAAAGGUGUUAUGAUGGAGAAUAUUGAGAAGGUUUUGGAUCGUGGAGAAAAGAUAGAGCUUCUGGUGGACAAGUCUGAGAACCUUCAUCAGCAGGCACAGGAUUUCAGGACUGCAGGCACACAGAUCCGUAGAAAAAUGUGGUUUCAGAAUAUGAAAAUCAAGCUGAUAGUGUUGAGUAUUCUGAUUGCCUUGAUCCUAAUCAUAAUACUGUCUGUCUGUCAUGGUUUUAACUGUUGAAAUUGAGCUGCACCUCUCUGGAGAACUCAUUGGAAAAAGCAGCCAAGUACUGAUUUUGUCAAAGCUUGUAGUUAAAUGCUUGAAUAUACUUGUGUUAGUGUACUUUGUAUGUCGUAAGAAACCAUUCACCUAAAUUUGCUUCAGACAUUUGGGCUGCAAGAACUUGCUAAAACGUGCUUAGUAUAGAAAAGCUGCUCAAGUUUGAGGUACUCUGAUAAAAGUUGCUUUCUUCUCUAUGUUAAAUCCCUAACUGUUGGCAACAUUUCGUAUUGGUACAUACAUCCGGGGAUUUAUUUGUA